AUGCACACAUCCAUAUUGUCCCGUGUAACUACACUAAAAUCAAAUCCCCCAAGUCACAGUCCCGUCACUGUACCAUCCUCGAACCGUCGAGACACACUAGACUCCCUAGAUCUUCGUCAAGCAACUGAGGGCCAACGGCACCCCUCACCCCAUCCCACGAUUAUCCAAUCCGACAUUCUCGACCUCAACUCCAACCCCGUUCGCCCCAAUUCACCACACCCCGUGCUCCGCCGCACAGCCUCAGGCCGGCUCUUUCACCCAUCAAAUCGGUUCAUCCACGCGGUGGAAAUGAUGGAACCAGUCAUGACAGAGGAAGAGGAAAAAGAGGAGUUGGCGAGGUGGGCAAGGAGAGAGGACGUGAGGACUGGGAAGCGGCGCAUGAAUGCGAAGGGGAAGAGGGUGGUGGCUAGGAACGGCAGGGUAGCUGGGGAGGUGCGGAGGUUGGAGGCGAUAUCGUCGGGUAGUUUGCCGUUGGGGCUACGUGUCGAUUUCAGUUCAGAUGGAGAUGAGUUCGAAGGUGAGGAGAUGGAGUACGAGUGCUCGAGUGAAGCACCGGUGGAGUCUGGUGGGCCGGUUGGUGGCGUCGUGUCCGAGACACUGGGUGUGGGUAGUCCAGAACAGCUUUUAGAGAGAUCGGGUGACAAAGUGGAUGUCUGUAUGGAUCCUGCGAGUUCAGAGGGAGCGGCGACUGAUCUGGGGGAUGUCUGGAUAGAUCUUGCCUAA